AGUUCAGUCGAUGCAUAAUCAAUCACCUCACAGUAUGAACACAACCUCCCAACAAUCAACCGUCUACUUCUCUUAACACAAUUAUUUUUUUUUCAACAAAACUAGCACGGAACAAAAAAUAUGGAGUGUCUACCAGAAAAUGAGAUCUUGGAAUUUCAACCUGACACACUUUUGGAAGUGAGAAAGAUGUUUAAUAUGGAAAAGCCCCAGGAGAUGAAUGAAGCUAUCGACAUUCUGGAAACCUGGGUCCAGCAGCAGAAUCACUUUGUGAAAAAGGAUUUCAGCAGAGAUUAUUUGGAAAGGAUGAUCAUAACAGCCAAAGGCUCUGUUGAAAGAGCCAAGGGUCGUCUGGAUAAGCUCUGCACAUUUAGAACCUUGAUGCCGUACUUUUUCGAAAACUAUGACGUCAGACGUGACUUCAAGGACAUUCAUGAUGCAGGCAUCCUCUAUUCGCCUCUUCCGAAAAUGACAAAGGAUUAUGAAAGAAUAUUCUUUAUCAAAAAUCCUGGUAAAUCGUUCACUACUCCACAGCUGCUUAAUGGUUUUAAAAUUUGUGCUCUGAUGUCAGAGUAUUUGAAGGCUCACGACUAUGCAGCCAGCUAUAGAUUCGUUGCGGAUUUGAGAGAGAUUAACAUCACUGAGUUUAUGACCAAAGUUGGCAUUAUGGACUUCAGGAACCUCAUGACUUUGCUUACGGAAGGAUAUGGCAUGAGAUUAUCAGGGAUACACUUGAUGACGGAGUACAAAUUUAUCGAAACUUUCGUGGCAUUAUUAAGAUCAGUCAUGAGUGAAAAAAUUGGAGGAAGAAUUCGUGUUCAUAGGACUGUGGAAUCUGUUUAUGAAUUUGCUCCAAAGGAAGUUUUACCUAAAGAGUAUGGCGAAGGAGGUGAAGACAGAACUUUGGAUGAAAUUCAUGAAAAAUGGAUGCAGGUACUGAGUACGAAGGAGUUUACUGAAUAUCUUCGAGGCAUGAACGCGGCUAAUACUGAUGAGUCACUCAGACAGACAGACAAGUUCAAUGAUCAGUAUAUGGGGAUGCCUGGCACCUUCAGAACACUUCGAGUGGAUUAGGGAUUUAAUGGUGCUAACUCCUGUAAACACCAUCUAAUUUUAUUUUAAGUUAUACCUGUCAUUUUCUUAUCCGCCGAAAAGGAAAGGGACGAGUAAUCGACAAGUCUAAAAUUUAUGGAGCGCAUGUCAAUUUUAAGCACAAAUCUAAAAUAACCCUACUAAAAUUUGCAUUGGCUAAUAACCCGACAGAAUCAAGUUGACAGUACACGUCAAACGGUUUGCAUACCAGCGAGAUACCUUUUGUUUCGCCCGGGCUAUUCAUUUAUUUACUCAUUCUUCCUAAAAUUAGGAGGUGUCUACGGGAAUCGGGGCCAUUUUGUCAUUUCUGUUUUUUUUUAAUCUGUUUAACAUAACAUAAACCAAUAUUUCAUUGCCCACACGGCAAAUACUGCCCCCGCGGAACAAUUAUAUCUACGUAGUUAAACGUCCUGAGGCUAUUAUUGGUCGAAGCCCUGUGCCGCGGGGGCAGGGUCCAAAAACAAAAGGGCAUUAAAGAGUGCAAUAGGCGAACUUAUUGAUAAAUAGCAAUAUCUUUCAGGCAACCAACAAAGAGGAGAGCCUAAUAAACUGCUACUACUUUGGGUUUAAUAAUGUAGGUACCUAUAAGCUGGUUGUAAAUAAAAAUGGAAUACAUUAUUUUUUGAAGUGGAUUUAAAAUAAUUACGUAUUUGUAUUUUUAUUAGAUUUCGGUGUAGGUAGGAUCUUGAAAUAAAAAUUAUUUUUAAGAAUAAAAUCAAUAAAAUAAUAAUUAUUUUUAUUAAUUUAUAAAUAAUUAUUAUUUUAUUUAUUUAUUUAUUUCUAUUAUGUUUUCUUUUUUCUAAUUAAAGCAAUUCCAUGGUCUCUGAUGUGAUAAAAUAUAUUUAUUAUGUUUUUUUUUACAACAUUUAAUGUAGAUUACCUGUGAAAGCCACCAUUCAGAAAGUAUUUUGACCCAACAUAUAACAACAAUACAAUCUGUAUCCUCGAUAGGGUAGGCAGAGAUGCAUAGUAUACAGGUUGUUAGUAAUAUCGCAUCGAAAACUUUAAGGUGAUUAUUCGGACCAUGAUUCUGAGUUGAUAUCAAGUGGAAUUCCGUCGCAAAAGUGUAGAUCUGAAAAUAAUUUUAAAAAAUCAUGAAUUUCCACUUGAUAUCAACUUAGAAUCAUGGUCUGAGUCAUCCCCUUCAGUAUUCGUUACGAUGUCACUAACACCCUGUAUACACCCACUCUUCGCCAGCUUUGUUUAAGUCCCGUGUAAUAGGCGGCGAGUCAUUAUGUGGAAUAUAGAAGAUAAGUAUUUUUACGAUAUGGAAUUUGUCAAAACUAGUAUGUAAUACCUCUAUAAUAAUGUCAAAUGCAAUAGGUAUGCUAAGAGUCCUCAUCAUUUAUUUUUUGUGUUACCUGUAAGUAUUAAUAAAGAAAAAAAAAGAAGAAAAACGUAUCUAUCUUCAUCUGUGUGAAUUUGUUUUGUAUGUUGUGUGCAAUAAAGUAUAUUUGAUUUGAUUUGAUUUGAUUUGAAGAAAAACGUUUGAAAUUUUUCAUAAACGGUCACGGGCAUCAAUAUGUAUACACUUUGGUACCAUGUCACAUUAACUUUUUUGACAAAUUGAACUGUAAGUCUCACUAAAUGUCAAAUGUGUUAGUGCGACAGAGUCCUAAAGUGUAUACAUUAUAUUGCUCAUGACUGUACCUAGUAUUAAACAGAACGACUAGGUAGUUCAGUACAAUCGGUGAUUAAAUUUCAAUAAUGAUAACAUUUUACAAUAGCUUUAAUGCGCUGUACGAAUUUGGUCUGUCUGUCAAGUUACAUAAGCGAUGUACAGUCAUAUAAUGUACCCACUUUGGGACUCUGUCGCACUAACAUAUUUGACAUUUAGUGAGACUUACAUUUCAAUUUGUCAAAAAAUUUAAUGUGACAUGGUACCAAAGUGUAUACAUAUUAAUGCUCGUGGCCGUAUUUAUCAGUCUAGAUUGAGCCGAUCCAUUAUUUUCUAUUUGAUAUUUUGAUAAUAAAAAAUAUAAAAUUGUCUUGUCAAUUCGUGCGCCGUUUAAUGAAUAUCUACGUGUCUUUAUCAUGUAAGUAAAGAAAAAAAAUCAUGACAGGAAGAUCAUCGGGUUCAAUCAAGGCCGUAUUACAAAGAUGAUUAAGUCACGCUAUGUAAUUUAAAAAUAUAGUAUAUCAGGGGAAAUAAUUAUUUCUGACAACUUAAUUGAAUUCAGACUAGGUAAGUGGAGUUGAUUUUGUUAUCCUUCUUAUGUUGAGGAAGCGAGUGAAGUUACAAUGCAAUUCUUAUUAUGUAAAUAACUUGAAAUAUAAAAAAAAAUAAACUUGUUUUUUUAAUACCUAUUAUAAAGAAGAAGAGCCAGUGAAACAAUUGAACACGAUCAAGG